CCUGCCCAUUUACAGUUCAACCCAUCGUCGACAUGAGCGAUCUUCCUACCCGGCUCGACCAUCUCGGUCCCUCCAUCGAGAAACUCAUGAAGAUCGGCGGCACGCCAGGUGCCUCAAUCGGAGUGCUCUAUGGCGACAAACCUGCCUACGUGGUGCAGUAUGGCGUCCGCGAUGUCGAAGCUGCGCUGCCUAUUGACCACCAAACGGUAUUCACGGCUGGUUCCCUUACCAAAGCCCUUACGGCGGCUGCAAUGGGCAUCCUCAUCGACGAGGGCCAGGCUACCUGGGAUACUCUUGUCAAAGACGUGCUGCCAUCGUUCAAGUCCAGAGAUGAGACUCUGCAGAGCCACGUCACGUUGACCGAUAUUCUAUCGCAUCGCACCGGCAUGUCUUGGGCAGAUAACCUUUGGAUUGGUACCGAGAGUAACGUGCUGAUCAGCUCUGAGGACGCCAUGAAAUACAUCAACAACCAGACCUUGCUCCUCCCUUUCCGGGCUCAGUUUGCGUACAGCAACCUUUGCUACGAGCUCGCUGGCCACGUCAUUGAGGCCUUGAGCGGCCAGUCAUAUUUCGACUUUACUCCACCCGCCAGCAUCGACAAUCGUGCGUCGUGCUACAACACUCUAGACGACCUUUCGACUGUUCCCAUCCCUUGCGCCAAGACCGGUGAUGACUGGUUCGGCGGACCUACUGGUGGCUUGCGCUCCUGUGUGCGCGAUCUUCUCAAGCUCUACAGAGCCUUCCUGACCAGCUACAACGAUCAGUUCUCCAGUGGGAAGUCGUCCACAGAAGGCUCCCCGUUGAAACAAGUCACACAUUUGAUGUCGGCCAAAAUUCCCAUGGACCAACCAUCACGAAACGAAGCCUCGUACGCUCUAGGCUGGGGCCGGGUCCAGCUGCCGGGCAAGAUGGGCCAGAUUGGAAUUAACCCUGGUCUUCUUCCCAACGGGAUGCCAACCAUCGCCAAAGGAGUUCCUGGGCAGCUCGUCAUCUUCCACCAGGGCAGCCUUCCCGGUGCCCUGACUAUUGCCAUUCUUGUCCCCGACAAGGAUGUUGCUAUCGUGGUCCUCACAAAUUCUCUCGCCCUCAACGAUGUGCCUGACUGGAUUGGCCAGCUCAUUCUCGAAGAAUUACUCGAAGUGCCCCCCUCUGAGCGAACUGACUUCAUAAAGUCAGCAGAAGCUUGCGUUCCCGAGAAUCUCAGGUGGUAUCCGGAGCUGAUCAAAGAGCUUAAGGAUACGCGAAAGAACGAUACUGUGGCAAGAGACCUUGGAGAGUACGUCGGGACGUAUUGGGAUGACAUCCGUACUUUCAAGAUCGUGGUCACCUUGGAGCAAGGCAAACUUCACUGGGCCUUUCAAGGCCUGGACUCGGAGAAGUUUGAGCUGAAUCACUAUGAAGAUGACACAUUUCUUUGGCUCGCACCGCGAAACGAGCUGUCGCGCCGAGGUAGGUGGGUUGGCUCAGAUCAAGGGCCAGAUUUCUGGAAGGCCAAGUUCAAGGCGGCAUCCGAUGCCAUGGUAGACAAGUUGUAUUGGUCUCAUGAUCAAGGCGUACCGCCUGUGGAGUACACGAAAGAGUAA